AGCGGCAGCAGCAGUGGCGGCGGCAGCCGGAGCGAGGACAGCUAGAGCUCCGAUUUUCCAGACGGGAACUGUGGCCGCGGCAGCAGCUCAGUGGGGGCACCUGUGCGGAGGAGUAGCGGGACGAGGGGGUGGGGUUCCUGCCAGCCACUCUCUGAGCCCGAAGCAAGGGGCAUCUCCCAGCUGCUCCGCAGAAUCUCGCACCGAGCUGUGGAUACUGGUGGGGAUAGACAUGUGCAGGACGAGCUAGAGGGCUAGGGUAGGCAAACAUUCGGUCCAAGUGUAGAGUGGCAGUGAAAGCUGUGUCUGGGACCAUGACAGCCUCCCACCUGGACUUUGGGGAGGUAGAAACUUUCCUGGACAGACACCCAGAGUUGUUCGAAGAUUACUUGAUGCGGAAGGGGAAGCAGGAGAUGGUGGAGAAGUGGCUGCAGAGGCACCGGGAGAGUCAGGGGGCUGUAGGCACAAGGCCCACAGUGGCCGGCACCAGCAGUGUGGCUCACAGUGGUGGCGCAGGCAGCGGCCGUGUUGGUGGUGGCACUGGACCAAAUAGCUCUGCCAACAGCCAGCUCGCUCCGGGCGGCGGGGAUUGUGGUGGGGUUCCCCUGAGUCCCAGCUGGGCCAGUGGCAGCCGGGGCGAUGGGAGCCUGCAGCGGAGAGCUUCUCAGAAAGAGCUAAGGAAGAGUUUUGCUCGCUCCAAGGCCAUCAACGUGAAUAGGACCUACGAUGAACAGGUGACCUCCCGGGCCCAGGAGCCCCUGAGCAGUGUGCGGCGGAGGGCACUGCUUCGGAAGGCCAGCUCCCUGCCCCCCACCACGGCCCACAUUCUCAGUGCCCUCCUGGAAUCGAGGGUGAAUCUGCCUCAGUACCCCCCUACAGCCAUGGACUACAAGUGCCACCUCAAAAAGCAUAAUGAGCGUCAGUUCUUCCUGGAACUGGUCAAGGAUAUCUCCAAUGACCUUGACCUUACCAGCCUGAGCUACAAGAUCCUCAUCUUUGUCUGCCUCAUGGUGGACGCUGACCGCUGCUCGCUCUUCCUGGUGGAAGGGGCAGCUGCUGGCAAGAAGAGCUUGGUCUCCAAAUUCUUUGAUGUGCAUGCAGGAACCCCACUACUGCCCUGCAGCAGCACAGAGAACUCAAACGAGGUGCAGGUCCCCUGGGGCAAAGGCAUCAUUGGCUAUGUCGGGGAGCAUGGAGAAACGGUCAACAUUCCUGAUGCCUACCAGGAUCGAAGAUUCAAUGAUGAAAUUGACAAGCUAACUGGAUACAAGACAAAGUCACUAUUGUGCAUGCCUAUCCGAAGCAGUGAUGGUGAGAUUAUUGGUGUGGCCCAAGCAAUAAACAAGAUUCCUGAAGGUGCUCCAUUUACUGAAGAUGAUGAAAAACAUGAUCAGACACCCUGCCAAGAUGGGAUGCAGCCAGCCAAGCUUGGCUUCCCGGGACUGGCCACAUUCCAGGAAUUCGUUAUGGAAGAUGCUGCCCUGCCAGUUGGUGUUGAGGAUGGUGGACGGAUGAUGCUAAUGAGACUUGCAGAAGCUGGAGUUCUGUUAUUUACAGCAGGCCUGAGACUUCCAACCGAGAACUGGGAAGGAUUUGAUAAGCUCUUGGCUUUACACUUUUAA